UUGUAAACAAAUCUAAAGGAAGUUACUAAACUUCUCACAUAAAAGAUUCAAAUGGAUGGCGACAGAGCUUUUAAAAACGCUUUUCCAGAUUAUGAUGGCUCUAAAUUUUCACUUGACAAAAACAAACAGCUUCAAGGAGCUCCCCAAAGCCAGAUUUUAUUUAACAUAGAAAAGCUGCUUAAAAUUUUGGACCAUAGUGCAGUUGAUGAUGGCAAGGAUUAUUCUGUGUACACUGGAUCCUCUGGACAUGCUCUACUGCAUCUUCAUUUGCAUACAAGGUUACCUAGCAGAAAUGAUGGCAGACACUUGCAGAUAGCUUUAAACUGGCUGAAACCUUGUUUGUCACGUCUCAAAGGUUCAAAGCCAUCUUUUCUGUGUGGUGAUUCUGGUCCCUUAGCUAUAGCUGCUGUGCUCUUUGAUAGAAUGGGAGAUAAAAAGAAAUCAAAAGACUUUGUUUCCAGGGUGGAGGCCAUGUGUGAGGAUGUGUGCAGUGACAAGACUUUACCUGAUGAGAUCCUCUUUGGCAGAUGUGGUUACUUGUCUUCCCUGCUGUUUCUUCAACGCCAACUUGGACAUGGUAUUGUUCACAAUGAAACCAUCAGCAAAGUAGUUGAAGCAGUUUUAAACUCUGGAACUCAGUUUGCAAGGAGGGAAAGAUGUCAGCAACCUUUAAUGUAUGAAUGGCAUGAUAAGCCUUACCUUGGAGCAGCCCAUGGAUUAGCUGGAAUUUAUUUUAUGUUACUCCAGGUGCAAGAGCCAAAUUUACAAGAACACAUCCACCAGAUUGUCAGACCAUGCAUUGAUUACAUGUUAACCCUGAGAUUUGCCUCGGGUAACUGUCCCUCAUCACUGGGCAGUAGCAGUGGGGACAAGCUGGUUCAUUGGUGUCAUGGAGCCCCUGGUUGGGUGCACAUGUUUGCUUUAGCCUACAAGAUUUAUAAGGACAAAAGGUAUCUGGAAGCAGCCAAGCAGUGUGGUCAUGUGGUAUGGCAGAGAGGUCUCCUGCUGAAAGGUUAUGGCAUCUGUCAUGGAACAGCAGGAAAUGCUUACACUUUUCUUACACUCUAUAAGUUAACUGAGGACCACAGAUAUUUAUACUAUGCUUAUAAAUUUGCAGAGUGGUGCUUUGAUUAUGGGAAGCAUGGAUGUCGAACCCCAGACAGACCCUUUUCUUUAUUUGAGGGAAUGGCUGGGACUGUUUACUUUUUGGCAGACAUGUUAGAGCCUGCAACAUCAGCUUUUCCAGCAUUUGAUUACCAAGUCUGAAAUGAUCAGGUGUUGUUUUUUUUUUUUUUGUAAAUUAUUCUCAGUAAAUUUUCUCUUAAUUCCUCCACAUUAAGGAUAAAUUAUCUAAGGUAUUUUAGGGUUUGGACCUGUUUGUUUUAUUCUCUUUUAACUUAUACCUGCAUGAUUGCAUUGAAUGAUCUGUUCAAUCUCACAGCUAUUUUUUUAAUAAAAACUGAAGCAAGAUAUUUAUUCCAUGACAAAUUGUGCAAUGAAGUUGGUAUCUUGAGUAAGUUAUUCUUUAAGUUUAUUUGACCAGGGAUUCUGGAGUUGUGUAAAUCUCCAAAGGUGUAAGCAACUAUACCUUGUGUCCUCCACAUG